GUAAUGAUUCGAAUUUUUUGUAAAUGAGUUGAUUAUUCCUUGCUUUUAAUUCUACUAUCAAGUAUCAAUUUCUUAUCAAUGAAAUUUGGAACUUCGCAAACGAAUUACGAAUAUGAACUGAAGUCAUAAAAUGGGUUUAGAAAUUUAAUUUAUUGAAUUAUUAAUAUUUGAAAACUGAUUACCUGACAAUUCUUGUGAUAUGUAAGUUUAAAGCAACAUGGCUAAGAGAGGUUUAUUCAUUACCAGAAAUGACUUCCCCUGCGUCGUUUAUGAUAUACUGAAAGAACGAUUUGAUAUUACCUGUUGGAAAGGUGUUGAAGACGUGCCUAAAAAUAAACUCAUCGAAAAUAUCAAAGGAAAAUUUGGAAUUUUAUGCACCCUUUCUAAUGUGAUCGAUAAAGAAGUGAUAGAAGCCGCCGGAAAUGAUUUUAAAGUCGUCUCUACUUGCUCGGUGGGAUAUGACCACCUUGACGUUAAAGAGCUGAAAUCUCGAGGAAUUCGGAUUGGUUACACGCCCGGUGUUUUGACCGAAGCAACAGCCGAGCAAGCGUUAGCAAUUUUACUAGCUACCAGUAGACGUGUCGUUGAAUCGCAUAAUCUUGUCGCUAGCGGUAAUUGGACUGCAAAAGGAUGGGGACCUACCUGGAUGUGUGGCCACGGCUUGGAUGCGUCAACAGUUGGAAUUUUGGGAUGUGGAAGAAUCGGUUUCUCCAUAAUGAGAAAAUUAAAAGCUUUUGAUCCGAGUCGUAUAUUCUAUUUCAGUCGAAGUGAAAAGCCAGAAGCCAAACAAUUGGGUGCUGAAUUAAAACCACUGGAUGAGAUAAUGAAGGAAAGUGAUUUUGUAGUGAUAGCUCUUUCACAAACACCGGAAACUCGUGGAAUUAUUAAUAAAGAAAGAAUCGCAUUGAUGAAACCCAACGCUAUCCUUGUUAAUAUUGCUCGUGGAGGUUUAAUUGAUCAAGAAGCUUUAAUCGAGGCUCUAAAAAACAAGAAAAUAAGUGGAGCCGGCUUAGAUGUAUAUGCUACGGAGCCUCUUCCUGCUGAUAGCCCUUUACUGAAAAUGGAUAAUGUUGUGACCACUCCACAUAUUGGAAGUGCAACACAUAAGAGUCGUUCAGAAAUGGGUGUAUUAUCGGCAAAAAAUAUCUUGGCUGUGUUGGAUAAUGAAAAAAUGCCUGCCGAAUUGUAAUUUGUAAACUCAGCGUACGUUUUGUAUAACGAUUCCAAAUGGUUCGACUGUUUUGAAAAUUCCAUAUUACGUGUUAUUCUCUUUGUUGUAUUUGUGCCUACGAAUUAUAAUCAUGAUCGUCGUAUUUUUCAACAUUGAAAAAUUAAUGUUUAUUAAAGAUUUCGUUAGUUGA